AUGGAUAUUUUGCGGGCUCUUUUCCUCAGCAACAGCAACAAAGAGAACACCAGCGCUGUUGAGCCUAUCAAAACCACCGCAGAUCAAAGCAUUGAGUUCAUGUCCAAGCUCGAUUUGCGUAUUUUGAGCUGGGAGUUGCGCAUCAAUUACCACAAGAAUAAAGAAACAGCUUCAGCCUUGCCUUUACCGAUCCAGAAAUGGCUCAAGCAACAACAAGAGCAAUUUCCUCAUGCUGACUGGAUAAUAAAUCAAGUAGAAAAGUUGAUCCUGGAUGAAAUCAAGGACUCACCAGCCGCCAUUAAAGAAAUUGUCAGCAAGGCAGCAGAUCAGAGGAAGAGAGAUCAGCCAGCAGCAAAAGCACCAACUCAGGCCAAAGUGCCAAAAGAUGCUGAUUCUAUUGAUCGCUGUCCUCAGGUUAAACCUGUACGAGGUUGUCCUCCUGGAAACACGUAUCCUCUGGCUCAUAAUGAAAGGAAUCCUUUCCACAACUUUGCCAAUCUGCAAUUCAAUAAGAAGAAGAUCUUGGGGGUAUUUGGUAUGGAGUGUGAUGCUUCUCCUAAUGACUCAGGUUCAAGCUCUGAAGAGGAAAAUCGUACUCCUUCCAAUGGGUUUCAUGAUAUGCCUCGAGAUUGGAAUGAGGUGAUUAUCAAGGAAGAAGAAGAAGUAAAUGUCCCUGCUGUCCACAAUGCUAUUGCUCAGUUGAUUUCUCCUUUGCCUCAAGCUGGUGUCCCUGUUAGUACUGCUGCUGCUGUCAUGGCUCAUCCUCAGCCUCAAGAGAUGAUGGUUGCUCCUGCCAAUAUUCACUAUGUUGCUGCUAAUGGCCAAAAUCCUGCUCAAGUGGUCAACAACAAUGGCAAUAUCUGGCAACCUUUGCAUGGCGUUCCUGCUUGGCAACUAAAUCAACAACAUACACCCUUGAUCUAUACGCCUUGUAUUCAACAGCAACAACCUCAACAAGAGCUUUUCCCUGGUCCAACUGGCGAAGGUUUCCGUGUUAUUGGUGGACAUCCUCCUCAACAUCAACAGUACCAACAGCAGCAAGGACAAUACAUCAAUCCACAGGGUUUUCUGCCAUACCAAUAUGAACAUGGACCUCAACACUACCAACCUGUUGCUGCCAAUCGUCACCGUCAAGAAACAGAACAAGAAAUGAGAAAACGUCUUCAAAAGUUCUAUAACGGUUAUUAUAAAAGACACUAUGAAAACCAGAUGAAAGCAUACCAACGCCAAUGUCAACAACAACAGCAAGCACAAUAUCAGCCUCAGCAAGCAAUGUCUCAGCAGCAACAACCUCCAGCUCCACGACGUCCUCAACCUCUAGUAGAGCAACGACAGCAGCACCAAGAAGCAGCGCAAGGAAAUACACCGUAUGUAUCUGCACAAGUAAUUGAUAUGGGUGGAGCUGAAUACGCCAAUGUAAGCAUUCAUCAAGUCGACCGUCUUCCUGAUAACUGGUUCGCAAGUUACCAGACUGCAUUUGGCGACUUCUGCAAUGAUCUUAUGCCUCGCCUUGGUAAUAAAUUUGUCUUGGGUGCCUCUUCAGCAAAGAUUGAAUGUAUCAAUGCAAUUGGUAGUGGCGUCAAUGGUGAUAUUCAUGUGGUCCAGUACCUUGAAGAGCCUCCAGCUUCUGCUCCAAAGCCUAUUCAAUAUGUCAUGAAGAAGGUCAGAUUUGCAAAUUAUGUGCAGUGCAAAGAAACCCAUGUGAUUGGUAAGAAGAUGGCUUUGCAUUUGGGCGCAGAAGAAGAGGUGUUUGGCUUAACUUUAGACCAUCCCAACUUGAUGAAGCUUCAUCAAGUCUUUUUGAAUCAAGACGACCUAAAUCUGGAGAUCAUCAUGCCUCGUAUGACAGCUAGUUUGAGCAAACUGGGUUCAGUGUUGCGCCAAGAAAAUGCUUUUCCAUAUGAAGAGAAGGUUGUAUGGUAUAUCAUGCAUGAGUUUUUGCAAGGUUUGGCCUAUUUGCACGGAAAUGGCCGUUUCCAUGGUGAUAUCAAGCCUGCUAAUAUCCUCGUGACCGAAACUGGUGAAAUCAAGUUGACUGAUUUUGGGCUCUGUGGGCGAAUAGACGAAGUUUGCCACCAUCUUCGUGGAACACCUUUGUAUCUUGCUCCUGAAGUAGCUGCUACUGAAUUUGACAGCUAUGCAAAAUAUGGCUACAAAUCGGACAUGUACUCUGCUGGUAUCAUGAUGUACGAAUUGGCAGUGGGUGAUCCUUUAUCUGAGGGUUGCCCCUUUGAUUACGAAGGCCUUCAUUCGCAACAGGGUUGGAAAUGGCUAGCUUCAAGAGAACCUGUUAUCACAAAAGAUGUCUCUUCACAAUACAAGGAAUUGCUGACAUUAUUGCUUCAUCGCGACCCUAAUGAGCGUCCUUCGCCAAUUUUCUUGCUGGAGAAUACUGAAUUCUUUAACGACUUUCGUUUUUUACAGAAAAAAGAGGUAGCAAAGUUGAAGUUUAUCAAUCUUAUCAAGGUUUAUGCAUCUAUCGAGGUGAUGAACAAGGUUUAA